AGAAAGAAGACUGCUAUGCAUGUUUUGAGAAAAAAAGGGAAUAAAGGCAAACAAAAAAGCAUCCUACAUACUGAAGCCAUCUUGGUCGCACCGCUGCACUCCGGACUCCAGAUCUGUUUAUCAUUAAGUGGCUUUGGAGAAAAGCUGUAACAAGACUGGAAUGAUGUCCUCCAAGUUGAAGUGGCUGAUUGUGAUCCAGCUCCUGCUGAAUGAACAGGCUCUGUGCAGGGUCCCACCUCCUCUGGCGCUGAGAAACAGUCUCCUUCCAGGAACUGACUUCCAUGGAGAGGUCGAGGAGACAGACAGACAGGAGCAUCAGUCUCUCCUGGGAUCCCAACUCCAGCUUGGCCUCCCAUCUGCAGAAAACCCUGGUCCUGCAUCAGUGUUUGCACAAAAAGAGGAGCGAGUGCGAUCUGCCAAACAUAUAGUAUCAAACCUCAGGGCGAAGCUGCGGUGGCAGAUUCAAGAUCAUCUCCACAUCCAGCGGAACGUGAGCUGUGAGGAGCUGCUAUUUGCCAGCACCGUGGAUGACCCGUCGUCCUCCGUGUUCCCCCAGGAGCUGCUGGGUCUCUCUUUAGUGCCCGUGUUGGUGGUGGCAGGCUGCACACGGGAGGCGCAAACCCUGGUGCUCAAACUGUACAACCUGCUGGGAGAGGCGGAUACCGAGGAGCUCCUGAUGGAGGUGGAGGGUCUGAUAGAGAGGAGGAUGAAAAAGUUUACUUCUACGCCUGCACCUCCAUCGGCCGCCUCGCCUUCAGAGAGGGAUCAAGCAGAGCGCCACAUAGAGGCUGUGAUGUUUAACAUCCAGCAGCUGGCCAUGCUGGGAGAGGGUUCCUCUAAGCAGGAAGGCCAUUGCGAGGGCUGGGCCAGGGUGAGUGGAACCAUGCUGGUGGGAACAGCUGUGGAAGGAGCCACAGGUGAUCUGGAAGAGGCUGUGAGCACCUGUGAGAGACUGGGCGUCCUGUGUGCUGGAGUGACCGGCAGUGGACUGCUCAAACCUGGGAAGUAUGAGGCAGUGUUUAAGAAAGGUAGUCGCGUCCUGCCGUCUGAAUCCACACAGCAUGAAUGUUGGAUCCGUCAGUGCAGCGCAGAGGAGGAUGUUUCGAUCCCCUCUGCCUCUGGCCGACGGAUGAAGCGAAGCCCCCAGAGGAGCUGCAUCAACAAAAGCGAGGAGCGUGUGUACAACGUGGUGGAGUGGAUCCCUGCGGUCAGCACCCUCUACAACCUCGGCACAGCUGUGUAUUAUGCCUCGGUCAACUGCUCUGAAACAGCCAAGGAGAGAGCCAUCCUCAGCGCCGUUGACCUCGGCACGGAUGCUCUCAUGGUUGCCACGGGGGGGACCGCCGGGGUGGCGGGCUACGCGCUGGGUGCUGGGGUGAAGACCGGCGUCAAAGCUGGCGUCAAGUACCUGCUCAACUCAAUGAAGCAGGAAGAUGACGUGCUGGUGAACCAGUUCAGCUGGGAGGAGGGCGUCAUCACUAUCCAGUAGACCGAAGGAUCAAUAAGACAGCCUGUAAAGCUUUAGCAAUAAAUAUCGUUGUGAUUAGUUCAUACAUUUUUUUAAACAGUGACACAGGAUCAAUGUUUGUUAACUGACACGGAUGAAGAGUAACAAAUUGGUUAUGAUCUAGGUCUAAUUAUUCUUCAUUGAAGACGAUGUCAGUUGAGCCUAAAAUGUGAUGAAAAUUACACAUUCAUUCUCAAUAAUAUAUAAAAAUGCAAGCUUUGAACCUUUUGGAACAAUAGCUCUCUUUGUGUAUGAUGCAUAAAAUAAUUGAACAAUUUAUCAUAUUAAGCAGCAACUUUUGAAGAACUGGUCUCAGGAAAUGAAACCGUCAGUCCCUCAUGUCUCUGUUUCUGCCAUCCAUCCAGUGUCUUCUGCUCACUGUCCUUCAUCACUCUUGUUUUCUUCCCUCACAUCAAAAUGUUUUCUCACAUCAGUCACAUUCUCGCCUCUGGUGUAAUUGCAGGGA